AUGGUUCUUGAAUAUGCAAAAGGUGGAAAUUUUAAUAAUUAUUUAGAUAAAAAUUAUGAAAGUUUUGAUUGGCUUAAUGGAUUAAAAGUAUUAACUAAUAUUAUUGGUAACCUUAGUAAAAUCCAUCAAGAACAGAUGGUUCAUCAUGAUUUUCAUAUAGGAAAUAUAUUAUUUAUAGAUAAUAAUUAUAAAGUAAGAAUCUCUGAUGUGGGAUUAUAUAGAAAAAUUGAUGAUGUUGAUGAAACAAGUAUUUAUGGAGUUAUGCCUUAUGUAGCUCCUGAAGUAUUAAAAGGAAAACCUUAUACUGAAGAAGCAGAUAUAUAUAGCUUUGGUAUGAUUAUGUAUAUUAUAGCAACUGGAAGACAACCUUUCAUUGAUUAUGCUCAUGAUGAGGUUUUAGUACUAAAUAUAUGCAAUGGGAUUAGACCUGAAAUAAAUGAAAAAAUUACACCAAAAUGUUAUAUUGAUUUAAUGAAAAGAUGUUGGGAUUUAGAUCCAGAAAAUAGACCAAAUUCUAAUGAAAUAAAAGAAAUGCCAAUAUGGCAAAUGCCUGAAUGGUAG